ACAAUGCUACCCGAGCUACGCAAGACGGCAGGAUGUCGAGGGAGAACAGGGUUGUUCGUGAUUUGACGGAAGUGUCUUGCGAGGAGGAUGAACCUGAGAUUCUACCCCCAAGAGUAACAAUCACGCCACGUAAAGCAUCACGUCGGAUCACGAAAGUAAGUCCGAGAAGUUGCGGUGCUCGACCUCCUGAAAAAGUGACUGGCGAGAACCAUUCGGGAGAUACCGAAGAGAAGUCGGGCAACUCCGAAAACCUUUCGGUAGGAUCCGGUAAACAUUCGGAGAAAGACGGGGUGAGUUCGGGUAAAGGGGAUACUAUUGUUUGGUCCACGGAGUAUCGCAACAAAUUACGCAAACAGGAUAAAAUAAUGACGUCACACAUCACAGCCGAUAACACACACCCAGAGUGUUUUAAGCCACCUACAGCAGCCACACUUUCACGGAAUCUUACUCUUGGGAAAUACCGACCCAAUACAUCAACGAUUCAGUUCGUCGUCAAGAAUGAGAUCAAAUUCUGGCCUUCGGGAACAAUUCGAGGAACGACGACAGUUGGCGAUGUUGACCGAGUGACGUAUUCGCGACACGCAACUCGAGGGACUGGUCGACACUCGGCACGGUUGAGGUCCGACGAAGAGCUACUCGGGUCACCUCGGACUUCGUUAACUGCCCGAAAGGGUCAAAUCGUCACUAAUAGAUUACCACUAAUCUCAAAAUCCAACACUAACUCCUUAAAGUUCACCCCUGAACCCACCUUCGUCCACCGUCUCGCUACCUCCCUUCCAGGGGUCAAACUAGUCAAAUUUAAAAACAUUUCCCUGGAAGAUCUUAACAAGCCAAUCGAACGCGUGAGGAAAGCCAAUCGAGGCCAGCAGUCGCCCCCCGCUUCCGAUUCGUCUGAUCCGACACCAUCUGAGUACGAGGAGGCAACCGGGAAGGUCCGGGCGUGGAACAUACAUCGAGAUCGCGUAGGAUCAUCAGCUCAGAGUAACCCUGUGAAGAGACAAACCAGAACUGAAAGAGGACUUUGGGAUUUUGGAAUGAGCCCAAUGCGAAGGGAUAUGAUCAAACCAUUACGGCGAGCACAUCCUUUGGUUAGAGCAACCAUCACCGUGGGGAACUUUAUGACGGAUGGUACGGCGAGUAGAAGUGCAGCAGCUCGCAUUUCCCCCCGGUGUGCUGGCGGUGUUGCCAGGAGACAAAUCACUGUUCCAUUUUAAAAGACAAUAGACCUUAUGCACAUGACGUCAUUUCAGUACGGCGCCC